AUGCCGCCAAGCCGUGCGGAAGGGAGUGCGCAGUGCACGCCCGGCGUGCGGGAGAAUGUGGUUGUGUGUGUGCGUAUGCGCCCGACAGACGAGGACGGCGGUGCGCCGAUCUGGAGCGUGGACAAAGCCGCGCACUGCAUCGUGCCUACAGAACAACACCCCGCGCUUGCGCGCCGCGCGGCGAGCACGACGACGACGGCGAUGGAAGAGGAAGAGCACGGCAAGCUAUAUGAUUUCUGCUACGACAACCUCGUGCUUGGGACAGAGAGCACGGAUGCGCUGUAUACACAGAGCGUGCUUCCCGUCGUACGGUCGGCCAUGGAAGGGUACAACGGGACGGUAUUUGCGUACGGACAAACGGGAUCCGGCAAGACAUACACCAUGAGCGGCGUGGAGCACGACGAAGGCGUGAUUUCACGCGCGGUGCACGACGUCUUUGCCAUGAUCCGCGACGCGCCCGACCGCGAGUUCCUCCUGCGCAUCUCGUACCUGGAAAUCUACAACGAGACGCUCAAGGACCUCCUCGCGCCGGUCGCGCCCAGCACGCCCUCGCGGCGUGCCAUUACGCGCGCGCCCGCAUCGAUGCCCCGCAUCGUGGAGGAAAAAGGGCGCGUGAUGCUUACCGGGAUGCAGGAAGAGAUUGUGACGAGGCCCGCGGAAGUGCUUGCGCUGCUCGAGCGCGGCCAGGCGGCGCGCCACGUCGGCGAGACCGACUGGAACACGCACAGUAGCCGCAGCCACUCGGUCUUCCAGAUCACCAUUGAAAGCAGGCAGCAGGGCGACCAGAGCGCCGUGCGCCUCAGCCAGCUGAACCUCAUCGACCUUGCCGGCAGUGAGCGUGCAGCGAGCGAUGCGGCGCGGCGCAAAGAAGGCGCAUACAUCAACAAGUCGCUCCUUACGCUCGGCACGGUCAUUGCGCGACUCACCGAGCCCGGCGCAGACGCCCAUAUCCCCUACCGCGACUCGAAACUCACGCGCCUCUUGCAGACGUCGCUCAGCGGCGACGCGCGCGUCGCUGUGAUUUGCACGAUUGCCACCGACGCUGCCGCCGCGCACGAGUCGCUCUCCACGUUGAAAUUUGGGCGCCGCUGCAAGCUGGUCGUGACGAAAGCGCGCAAGCAGACGAUCAUGGACGACAAAGCGCUCUUGGAGCAGUACCGCCAGGAGCUCGCGCAGCUGCGCACCCAGCUCGACGCGCCGCUUACGCCCCCUGUGGUGCACGCCCUCCAAGAAGAGCACGCCGCGACCAAGCAGCAGGUGGCCGAGAUGCAAGCGACGCGGCACGCCCUGCACCAGCAAAUCGGCCAUCUCACACGCCUCAUCCUCACGAGCCGCAACGUGGCUGCAGUCACGCCGCAACGCUCCGACACGGUGGACGUGUUUGCCUCGCCGCGCCGCGGGCCCCGCCUCAGCGACGUACAGCCACGCACGCCCGUCGGCGCGCCGCCCACGUACCCAGCGCGCGAUUGGCAGCACGAAGCCGAGCUUGUGUCAGCGCGCCGCGCGCUCGAAAAAGCGCGAGAGACGGCCGGCGCGCUGGAAAGGCAGCUGGACGCACUGCGCACCGAUGCCGACGAGGCGCGCUUCUACGCCGAGGAGAUGAAAACGCGUGCAGAACAAGCGCGCGCGGAUGCACACGCCGCGCGCGUCGAUGCAGACGAUGCACAGCAAGACGCAGAGCAGAUCCGCGCCGAGCUCCACGAGUACCGAAGCGAGAUGGACGAGCUGCAUGGCCUCUUGGCCGCAUCUUGUGCGGAGCUCGCGCUGCUGCGCGAGGACGGUGCGGCGCAGGCACACGAAGCAGCGGACGUGCAGGCGCGCGACUUGCGCACACAGCUCGACGCGGCGCACACGGAGACGGAGGCGUAUGCGGCGGAGCUUGCGCGUGCGCAGAGCUCCAUCGAGCUCCUCCAUGCGCAGUGGAACAAUGCCAGUGCGGCGAUGGAUGCAGAGCGCGGCGAGGAGGCGCAGGCAGAGAUUGAUGCGCUGCGCACCGAGCUCGAUACGGCGCACCUUGCGUUGGACGCGGCGCAUGCCGACCUUGCCGAUGUGCGCAGUACGCUGCGCGUGCGGAAUGAAGAGCUCCGCCAUGUGCGCGAAUCGCACGCAACGGACGAGGCACACCGCGAAUUCCGCGAUUUGGUGACACACAAGCCUGGCGACACGCCCGAGAUGGAUGCGGUGCAUUUGCAGGCGCGGAUCGCCGCGCUCGAGCGUGCGUUGGCCGAGGAGAAAGCGACGCGCGACCUGACAUCGCUGCCGGAGCGGCCCGCAGCCUCGCCGAUGCAUGCGCGGAAUGGCGUAACGCCCCCGCGCGUUCCGCUGCGGGGGCGCUCGGAUACCACAACGCCAGAGCCGGCUAGCCACGAGGCGCUCUUGGACAAAAUCUCGGCGCAGGAGACGAUUAUCGCUACGCUGAACCACAGCGUCGAUGCAUGGCAGGCGCGCUUGCAGAGCCAGGCGCGGAUGAUUACACGGCUAGCCGCGCUUGUUGAGGGCGAAGGCAAGGAGGGCGAGGCGUGUGUGCCGAUGCUCGGCGGCGAGGGCGGCGAGGACCGCGACAAGGACCGCGAUGCGUUGGCACAAGUGCGGUAUCCUAGCGUGCAGCCCGUGCAGAAGAAAAACGAGCCGAGAGGCACGGGCGAGGCGGGCCAAGUGCGGCGUGCGCGCCAUGCCAUCCAAGCCCAAGCCCAGGCUGGCAGCGCGGGCGGUGCGGGCGGUGCACCUUUGAGCGGAGCAUUUUCGAAUCGCGUAUCCUCGAGCCGUGCAUCCUCGAAUCGCGUAUCCUCGAACGGUGCAUCUUCGAGCCGUGCAUCUUCGAGCCGUGCAUCCUCGAGCCACACAUCCCCAAGCCACACAUCCCCAAGCCACACAUCUCUCUCGCCCAAUCCGUCGCCAUCGCCCAACACGCUUGGCGUCUACAUGGGACCCUUGCCUGUAAUGAAACGCGCGUCGCCCAAGCCCCAGCGUGCAUGGCUCCACCCCGCAAGUCCUCCCAAGCCACACCGCGCGCUGCCCAUCCCCUCGCCCGAACGCUCGCCCCGUCCUCUGCCCGACAUUGGCAGCAAGACGCACCCACUUCCCACACCGCCCGAGCGCAAUUUCGCGCUGCCUGCAUACCCCGACCGGCGCACGCUGCCCGCGACGCCGCCUCCGCCCCUUGUACCCAGCGGCAGCGUCGCUGCGCUGCGCGCCUCGCUAGCAGCGCCCCCACAGCCGUCGCUGCGCGCGCCCACGGACGUGCACCGACGCUCGAGCACCGCCUUUGCCUCUGUGCACGAGCGUCUCGCGCACGGCAACGCCGAUAAAAGCCGUGCGCCGCCGAGCCACAGCGUGCAGUCGCGCCUGUCGCAGUACACAGCGGCGGCAGAGCCGCGCGUUGCACAAAGCACUACAAAAGCCGCGCUGCACACUGCGCCGUCCGCGCCGGCGCUGCAGGCACGCCGCGAUACAUCCAUUCUACGCGAGCUCAAUGAUCUACGUGCACUACCGCGCGUCGAGAGCAACGCCACCAUGUACAAACCCCCCGAGAGCACCACGCGCCACCAACCGCGCCUCUCCGCGACGGCCUACAAGACCGAUGCUAGCCACCGCCGCCGCGCCCAUCUGUCGCACGGCGAGCAUGUGCGUGCAGCGCCAGUGCGAAUGAGCGUUGGAGCGCGUGUGCCGUGGUCGCAUGGUGCGAUUGAGUUUCCCCAUGGCGGGGAGCUUGAGUUUUGCCAAGUGUAUGACAACAUGUCCCCGUCGAUUCUGCGUGUGCCUUUGCGGAACACGCACAAAGAACCGAUCUCGCUUUCGCUCGAAGGUGUGCAUGGCGUGCAGUGGGCGCGUUUGCGUGUGAAUGCGAACGGCGGCCUGCAGGACUGGGAGGAGGAGGUGGCGAGCAAUACAGUGGCGUGGGCGCGCCGCGGCGGACUAGCGCCGCACCACCAGCGCCGCCUGCGGCACAUGGCCGCGAAUUUGGAGCCCGUGAGCACACUCACGCUCGGCGCAGAAGAGGCCGCGGCGCUUUUUGUCAUGGUGUAUGUGCGCGACGUAUUUGGCAAAGGCAGUGCGGCGCUCGGCCCGCACAUGCACACGACCGACGUCGGGAUCGAGGUGGUGGUCGGCGGCGCGCGCGCGCAGCUGCGUGUGCAUAUCAGUGCGAGCACGCCCGAGUACACCAUGCAGGUGGCUGGCGAGCGCGCUGAGAAUGCGCCCGCGGCCUCGCCCGACGGCCGCGAGCGGCUGCUUUCGUUCGACCUCGGCGACGUGGUCGUCGGCGAGUGCAUCACACGCACCAUCGACGUCGUGAACGGCAGCGAGAUUGCCUGCUUCACGCAGUUUGUGCGCCAGGACGAGCAGGACUCUGGCGAGGAGCCCGUCACGAUCCGCACGCAGGCGCAUGCCCUUGUGCCGCUCCUCACGCCGCCCCUGGCGUCCACGGAUGUGGCGCCUGUCGAGCUUGCGCCGUAUGCGCACGCCCAGUAUACGAUCCAGUUCGAGCCGCACGCGUCGUGCAUCAACUUUGAGCAGCAGAUCACGCUGGUGAACAUGCACGCCCACACUCUCUCUGCGCGUCUCCUUCUCCGUGCCAACAUCCUCGGCGCGGCGCAGGACGAGGCGCUGGCGGUGCUGAGCGAGACCCCGAUGGAUUUCGGCGACUGCUGCGGCGGCCAGUGGACGCGGCAGCUGUUGAUUUUGAAGAAUACCUCGGACGCGCUCCUCGACGUGGCAUUCCAGGCAGAAAAGCACGUCGAGGCCACGUUCCAGCUCGCCGAGCUCGCGCAUGCGCGCGACACCGACGAGGAAAUCGAAGACGACGUCCCGCUCGGAGGCUCGUCGAAUAGCACAUGGCGCCGCUCGCCGCCGCCGUCGCCGUCGCCGUUUACGUUCGGCGGCGCGCGCCGCGCAUCGCAGGACGGAUCGUCGGUUGCGUCCCAGGCUGGAUCGCGCGCGCCGUCGCCCUGUGCAGCGCCGAGCACGGCCCACGACUCGGAGCUGAGCGGCGCGCCGAGCAUUGCGCCCGUGCCGAGCAUGUCUGCGAGCGUAGAGUACGGCGACAGGGAGCCUGCGCGCUUUGCCUCCUAUUCCGUCAGUGCUUUGGCGCCGAGCGGCCCCGCUGCGCGGAGCCGCCGCGUGCACGAUCCUGUCGCGAUGCUCCGCGGCGUGGGCGACUCGCAGCACAACCAAGUCGAGGAGCUCGUCCUGCGUCCUGGCGCGCUGUACCGUGUCGUUGUUUCCUACCGCCCGCCGCGGCGCGACGUCGACGAGACGUACAGUGCAGGGCGCCUGCAAAACGCAAACUUUUGCCUUUUCCUCGACUAUGCGAGGUCGCAGGACAGUGCGCGCGCACAAGGCGGCCGGCAGCGGCGCACCGUGUGGUGCCAUGCCCGGACAUGCACGCCCUUCAUCAGCGUCGAGCCUAAGAUUGUCGACUUUGGCCUUGCGGACGUGGGCGCGCGAAAAACAGCGCAGAUUGCGGUGACGAACCACUCGGAGCUGAGCACGCGCGUACUGAUGCGUUUCGUGUCCAAGGUGCUCAGUAUGUACAUGGACGAGAUCCCUGUGCCUGCGCGCCAAACCGUCGAGCUCAAGAUCGACUUUUUUCCGCGGCGCGUGAACAAUGCCUACCAAAAACAAAUCACCGUCAUGAAUCUGCUCAACCGGCACAAUGACCAAAUCUUUGACGUGCGUGCGCGCAACGUCGAUAUGCAGCGGAUCAGCUUCCACUCGCUCUUUUACCGCAUCUUGACCAAGAGCGGCUCCAACUUUAUCGACUUUGGCGACGUGAAUAUCAAUUCCGCGCGCGUGCGCAGCUUUGCCAUUGAAAACUUGUGCGACAAGCAGCUCAGCCUGGAGAUGAGCGUGGCACACCCCGAGGACCUCAUCCUCUACACCAGGGCGCAGCAGCACAAGCAAACGACGCCCGAGCCUGCAAAGCACCGCUCGGGCACUGAGCGCAAAGAGCGCUUCCUCGAGACCAUCUCCACCGACGUCUCGACCAUGGCUCGGCGCGCGCUCGAAGCGCGGCGCAGCAAAGGACACAAGACGCCCGAGCGUCCCGACCUCGCCGCCGCGCUCAAACGCGGCAGCCGCGGGCGUGCGACGCAGACGCACGGCAAGAGCGUCGCCUUCCGCGAUCGCUCGCUCCUUCGCCCGCUUGCCUACCUCGACUUGGCCAGCGGCCCCCCGCGCGAUGCCAGCAAGCUCUCGGCCAAGGCGCGCCGCACGCAGCGCCUGCAGAGCAUGAAGAACGGCCCUGCUGCCUCGCCGCGUAUACCACGAACGCUUGAGCGCCCCGAGACGCCGGCUAACGCCGUUCCCGUGCCACUGGACGGCUCUCCGCGUCCAAGAGCGAGUCCCGCGCUCACCGGAAAGUGGCGCACCGCCUCCCUCUUGGCCAAUCCCGGCGACGUCGCACAGCUCGAUCUCGACGCGCUCAUCGCCGCGCUCGAGGGGCAGCCGUCGUCCCUCUCGAGCUUCUUUACGCGCAAUCUGGACGCCGAGGAGCGUAUGGUGCGCACAGAAAUCAACCUGAAGCGCGCGCUUCGCCAAGCCAUCGACACCGCACAGCUCGUUCCGAUCGGCAUGCUCCAGGUGCCGCCGCGCGCAGAAGUCCAAGUGGUGGCGGUGUACACCCCCAAUGGAAGCACGCGCCCGCAUAUCCAAGGCACCGCGCGCAAGCAGGACUCGCGCAUUUUUUUGCGCCUCUUGGAGUUCGACGCACGCCGCGCCCAGGGCCUGCGCGAGUUUGCCGCGCUGCGCGAGAAAGAUGUGGACGAACUGCCCGUGCGCGAUUUGAUGGUGCGCUCGACCGUGUGCCGAAGCAUGCUCGAGCUCGGGCAGCCGCACAUCAACUUUGGCAUUAUGGACAAGGGCGACGUGCGCGAGCGCAAGAUCUGGGUCCAGAACCGCAGCGAAUGGGCACUGCGCUACUAUAUCCGCAAGAGCGGCAGCAUUGCGAGCGGCGAUAUCCGGCUGGGGCUCGGACGGUACGGCAUCGUGCCUGGCUACGGGAAGCGCGGCGUAGACUUUACCUUUUCGCCCUCGCUCAGCGGGCCAUUCUACGAAAAACUUAUGGUGGAGAAUGUGGCGGAUUACGACAAUGACCAGGCGCUGGUGCUCAAGGCAAGUGCGCGCAAGGUGCCCAACUUUAGCAUCGAUCCCACGACGCUGGAUUUCGGUACGUGCCGCGCGCCGCACGCAAGCAUGCCGGAGAGUGUGCUGCUCACGAAUACCACGAGCAAGCGCCGUAAGUUUGUGCUGUACAUGGACGAGGCGCGCCAAUCGCCGAUCCCGCUGGAUGUGCUCGUGUCGGUUGCCAGCGAUGCCGCGACGCGCCGUGCAUUGAGCCGCGAAGAAGAAGAGGAGGUGGAGACGCUCCUCCAAAAGCUCAAGAUUGCGCAUCGCAAGGGCAACGUGGACAAGCUGGCCAAGUACCAGGACAGACUGCGCGCACUGGGCGUGCCGAUUGCCGCACAGGACAAUACGCCCCCGCAAGCAGUCGAGCAUGCGGUGAUGGAGGACGACGUGCAGUUUGACUACACGCUUCCCUCCCCGAGCACACGCAGCGAUGCAGGGCCGGGCAUGGUGCCCGUGCAUCUCGAUGCGAACCAGAGCGUGAAGCUCUUGCUCCGCCUGCGCAUAGCUCGGCGCGAUGCAGAGGGUGAAGUGCAUGUGGCCAUUAAUGUGCACGAGGCAAAAAACAGCGACGAGACGCGCAGCAUUGCGACCAAGGCGCGCGUCGAGCCGAGUACGGCGUGA